GUCGUGGGGUAACUGGCCCUUCGAGGAGUCUAAUUCGGUGUUGUGAGAUGCUUGUUGCCCCAAACCAAUCGCGGGCCUGAGUGGUCGUGCGCCUCAAAUUUCCAUCUCAUCUCUGGCAUCACCUACUCCACCACUAUACUCAUUGCAAUGAAGUUCAUAGUUGCAGCUGACGAUACAGGCUCGUUGAAGGAGGUCAUUUGCAGCAGAGGUACAGACACCUCGAAGCAGGAUGCGGUUCAGCCCAAAUCAAUAAAAAACUAUCGAGUCGAUACCGGCAAUAGUUUCAGAAACAAGAUAACCAAAUUGGUAAACUUCCAAUCCACAUACUUGAUAGGAGCUAGAGUUGGAGGUGAAGUGUCGAUAUAUGACUUAGUUAACGAAGAGGAGACCCCAGAGGAAGAGAAAUAUAGCCUUUUGCACACAUACAAGUUGGAUGUUGAUCAGAAAGACAAACCAGUUUCCCUUAUUAAACUCAGUCCUUUGGAUAGUAUCCUCAUUGCAUUUGAGUCCAGCAAGGUCUUCAUCAUCCAUUUCCAGGGUGACGAGUUUGAUUACGCUCCAAUUCCAGUCACCUUACCUUCCACGAAAUCGAUCAAUGCAUUUGUAGCCAAUCCCAACGUGGAAGGAGUAUUCGCUUAUGGAGGACAAGAAAACGACUUACAAAUUAUCAAAUUAUACGAGCAGCCUGCCACCGGCUUGAUGUUUAAUGACAAGGUCGAGUUCAAGCCAAAGGUACUCUUUAAUGCUAAGAAUGUCAAAAAUGACCAUCUUGACUUACGAGUACCUGUGUGGAUCAGCAACAUUUUAUUCUUGAAAGAUGCUCCUACUCCAGACGCAUACAAAGUUCUCACCAGCACCAGGUAUGGACAAUUGAGAAUCUAUGAUACCACUCAUGGAAGAAGACCUGUCAAGGACUAUAAGAUUUGUGAAAAAGCAAUUGUGGCUAUGACUUUUGGGGACGAACAACAGGAAUCUGUAAUUGUCACUGAUGUCCAUAACUUGAUUGGUAAAUACUCGUUGAUCAAGGAGGAUGAGAAGGCCCUGAAGAUUCAUUCAGCUUCUGCUGGUGAUGUGGUCAGACCAGUACUUAAGCUCUUGGGUAAGUUUUCUCAAGGAGGAAACACCGGUGCCACUCAUGCCCUCGAAAAUGCUGAAGAUGAGGUUCUUGUUGCUGGAGGUUUGGACAGAUACCUCAGAGUUUUUGAUAUUGAAACAAGAGAUAUCUUGGCCAAGGUGUAUCUUGGUGUCGAAGUGCUGUCAGUAUUAGUAGAUGAUCUUGAAGAUGAGGAAGAAGAGGUUGAAGAAGGUGCUGAAAAGAAGAUUACCAUCCAGAGAAAAAGAAGAAGAGAUAUCGAAAAAGCGGAAGAAAGUGAUGAGGAAGAAAUGUGGAGCAAGUUGGAUGAAAAGAAGAGCAAAAGGUAAGCCUAUAGUCGUUCUACGAAUUACAAAAAUGUUCGAUAAAAUAAUACAUUGUAGAUGAGUAGGUCAUUAAAGGUCCA